CAUCGGUUCUGGAUGAGAGAGAGCAAAGCAUUACAUCACCUCCCUUCCGGACUGGAACGAUACGGUUAAUUAUUUAGGCUACUCAGCGUGCACGGAGACUAAAAGAACCGUUUUUAAAAAAAGGCCUUACACAAAAAUGUCCGGGUUUAACGGGAGCACGGGCUUUCGCUGACAGGAUAAAGAGAAGAAAAGGCGGCGCGCGUGACUGCCUCGCGCCCAUUGUGUCGAGGAUGUGAGGCAGCGCGAGAUGCCAUGGCAGAUAACGGGUCGGAGCCGCCUGCUCUCCCGACACCAAAGGCGUUUCCCUACGAGGAAUACGAGUGCAAAAUCUGCUACAACUAUUUCGACCUCGACCGUCGCGCGCCCAAGAUCUUGGAGUGCCUGCACACGUUCUGCGAGGAGUGUCUGCACGCGCUGCAACUGUGCGAGGAGCGGCCGUGGCGCAUCAGCUGCCCCGUGUGCCGACACCGCACGUCCGUUCCCGAAUACCGGAUCCAGAACCUGCCCAACAACACCAAGGUCACAGAGGACUUCCCUCUGUACAUCGACUCGGACCCUGUGCCUCAAGAUGCCCUUCCGCCGCACCCGCCUCCGAUGCACCCGGCGCUCGUGGCGCUCAGGCGCGAGGAGGACGCGUCCAUCCUUGCGUCCACCACGACGGUGUCCACCGCGACCACGCUGUCCCAGGACUCGGUCUCGCGCUACGAGAGCUGCCGCAACUGCAGACGUCUCGCGCUGACCACCGGGUGCGUGUGCGUCAUCUUCUCCUUGCUCUCCAUGCUCGUGCUGCUCUUCAUGGGCCUCAUAUUCGUGCACAGCCACGGCGGGCCGCCCUCGCCCGCGGGACCCCUGUGUCUGUCGAUCGCGAGCAUCCUCGCCAUGGUGUCUGCGAUGGUAACGUGGCUCCUCUACUGGCUCAAAGACAGACCGGAGCACGAGCCGGGCCGCUCCUCUGCCUCCACUAAUGCCAGCCGGAGAAACGCGUGACAGAAGAUC